AUGGGGCCGGCCAAUACAUUGGAAGCAGAACUAAAGAAUUGGCCUCUCUUUUUCUGUAUUUGUAAUUUCCAUACACAAAGGGACAAAUUAUACGGGUCAACAGAUAAAGUUGCAUCCCAAGCACCAGGUCCAGAAGAAGUAGUAGAAGCAAUCGGGGAGCCCCUCCAAUACAAGACAUGGUUCUUGAAAGUCUCCAUCCACUGUGAAGGCUGCAAAAGGAAGGUCAAGAGAAUACUCAACAGCAUUGAAGGUGUCUAUAAGGUUGAUGUAGACACCAAGCAGCAAAAAGUAGUGGUAACAGGCAACAUAGAUGCAGACACUUUGAUCAAGAAGUUAGUGAAAGCAGGCAAACACGCUGAAUUAUGGCCGAUAAAAGGGAAGAAACCCCCGAAAGAAAAGAACCCAGAUAAACAAAGUGAAACAGAAAGCAGUGACGAAGAACCCGAUCGAGACGAAAAGCCCCCGGUUCUAGAAUCUGCUAAUAAUAAUAUUCUCGAAGUUAAAGAUCCAAGUUUUGAAGCCAAGAAGCCCCCAGAGAAUGGAUCAACCCAACCGCCACCACAAGGCACUGGAGCUAAAAAAAAGAAAAAGAAAAAACGCAAGAGUCACAAGGUCGGAGGACAAGGAGAAUUAUUAGGUGCGCCCCCACCCGGUUCAAUGGGCCCACCUCCUUCGAACCCGGGGCCACCGCCAUUGAACCUAGGCCCACCUCAGAUGAAUCAGAUCCCUCCACAUUUUCAAGGGCAUCAAUUCCUACCGCCUAUGAAUUAUUUUGAUGCACAACCACAAGUGUAUGUUGCUAGUAGCACAGCCCAUCCCACUAUCACAAUGAUGACGUCACAUUAUGCCUCUCAACCGUCGCAAUCUUACAUGUAUAUGCAUCAGGGUUUCAUGUACGAAAAUUCAGGGGCAGAAGAGUCAUUGGCAUCCGACCUAGAGACGCCCUCGAAAUCAUCAUUGUAUUCAUUUGAGUUAUUAAGCGAUGAAGAUCCCAAUGGGUGCACAAUUAUGUAAUUGGGCAUUCCACAUUUAACAAGUUUCUAGUAAGGUUGAUUUGCAAAUGAUUAUGCAUCAUCACUUCCCUUUUUUUCCUUAUUUAUGAUCAGGAUGUUCGAGUUUCAUUGUGGUUCACCAAUGUAGCUUUUCUACAAUCAAUCCAAAUGAAAAUUUGAUUAGAUAGGUUUUGGAUUGAUGUCUGAAUUCAUUGGGUUAUGCCAAUUUGACUUUCAUUGGAUGUUAUUGGAAAAACACUAGAAAAGAUAAGAAGCAUAUAAUAUAUACUUUUUCCCCUUGAGAAUCAA